AUGAAGAACACCAAGCUCGUGGCAAUUCUUGUUCUCCAAGACAUCCUAGUCAUGGGAAUCCUUGCACAUGUGAAUGCCAACUACUUCCCCAUAUGUUGCAACGAAUGCAGGUCCUUCUCAGGGGUGGUCAUCUGUGACGACGCCCAUCCUCAGUGCCCCAAGGGCUGCUCCACAUGCAGCCCGGUGCAGACGGGCAGUGUCAAGAUGUUGCAGUGCGCCGACAUGCGCUCCACCAUCAAUGGCACACGCGAUCCACGCUGCAAGAAGAACUAA